UUUCUAUUUUCAGGCAAAUGAUAGCAACGUUCUUGUUUAUUACGCAAAUUGGUUUUUGUUGUGUUUACUUUCUUUUCGUCGCUUUAAAUGUAAAAGAAGUCAUUGACCACUAUUUGAUAAAGCUGGAUGUAAGAAUUUAUUUAAUGUUAGUUUUAAUACCGAUGGUACCCUUAAACUUGGUAAAGAAUCUCAAAUAUUUGACUCCAGUAUCGCUAUUUGCCGCUAUACUUACUGUUACUGGUUUGGCAAUUUCAUUUUUUUACAUGUUACAAGAUUUGCCAAGUACAGAUACGGUGAAACCUUUAGCAUCGUGGUCUACUCUGCCACUGUAUUUUGGAACGGCCAUAUAUGCUUUUGAAGGAAUUGGAGUAGUCUUACCAUUGGAAAAUAACAUGAAGACUCCUGAAGAUUUUGGCGGUAUGACUGGUGUCUUAAACACUAGUAUGGUGAUUGUCGCAUGUUUGUAUACUGCUGUUGGAUUUUUUGGAUAUUUAAAAUACGGAGAUGGCGUUAAAGGCAGUAUUACAUUAAAUUUGCCUCAGGAUGAAAUAUUAUCACAAUUGGUACGAAUUGCUAUGGCCGUUGCAAUAUUUUUCUCGUAUUCUCUUCAAUUUUACGUACCAGUGAACGUGGUGGAACCAAUUAUACAAAAUCAAUUUGACACAGCUCGUGCAAAAGAGUUGGCAGGAACGUCGACCAGAAUAGCAUUGGUAACAUUUACAU